CGAAUACGGCAAGGAGCGUCGCUUUUAUCGAACUUGGGGUUUCCCACGUAUCGCGACUGUUCUGAGCUCCACCCAGCACCUCUACCGCACUGAAAGUCCACGAGAAGGCUUCUUCCUUCCUUUGGAACAUUACACCGACUUCGAGAAAGAGAGAACAAACGCUACAGUUAUCGGUGAGAAAGCUGAACUGAUUUUGGCUGGGCAGACCUCUGACCAAGAAUACGCCCAUUGCGAACCCGAAUCGCAGCAAUCGCCAUGCACCUCCCGAAUAUCAAGCACCCUUUAUGGACAAGCUCGAAGGGAACUCCCUCGCAAUUGUGAAAUUGUGUGGAUCAAAUAGCCCGGCAGCUGCAGUGGUGGUGGAUCAUGCUGUUCUCAGCUGGACACCCUCCUCUUCGACUGAGCUUCUUGCUUCUCUGAUCAAGGCAGGCUGCAAGUUCACUCUGCGACACCUCUACUUCUUCAGUCGAGUGGCCCGAAAGUUUCCGCAAGACUUGGAGAGGAGCUUGUCUACUCUCGGGGCAACGCCGUUGGCCGGCCUGGAGGAAGAUGCGGCACUUUUGAGCUGUGUUGCUACCCAGCACAUGGACGACACAAAGUUAGUGACACUGCAGAAGCAUGUCGACAAGACCAUCGCGGAGUCCUCGAAGCGGACCAUUACUCUCGUAUUCGACCACGACGAUGUGGGAAGGGUUUGCUGUACCCGCAAGCCCUCUGUGAAAUCAGACCUUGAAGACGAAUCAGAACGAGACGGAUUGAAGGUCUUUUGGCAGCCUUCACCUAAAGGAGAAGUCGACGCAGGACUUGGGGGCAGCGUUACCUCCGAUGCCAUCCCGUCCGAGAGUACGGGAGGCGUCAACGACUUUCUCAAUGCCAGUCUGUCCUCCAAAGACCUAGCAGCACUUCCGAAGCGAGGAGGAGGGGACCUGGAAGUCACCGUCUGCGUUCAAGAUGUGAUGAGUUUGAAGACAAGACGAGGCCUGCCACGCCAGCGGCAUAGGUGACGGUCGAUCACUCACCUGACCUUGCUCCCGACAUAUAGCCUCACAAACUGAAGGAAAACCUACGCCGACAGCUACUCCUCAACGCCCAGGUUGGCUAUCGACAUGUCAAUGCCCUCCUUCACAGCGAAAUUUACAAAGCUCAAGUCCGUAGUUCCCUACUGAAGGACGCCCGCGCCCUCUGUUCAGAAUACCAGACUUACCUGCAGAAUAUCGUCAACACGCUAGCAGCCACGAUUCAGGCCUUGAAAGUGGUGGUCGUACCUCGCUUCUCCCUGAAAGACGGUUCGGCUGUCGAGAAAGAAGAGUACAAGAGGCAGCACGAGCUUUUGACCGAAAUUGCCGCUCUGCACAAGGAGAUUGAAGGAAACACUAAUGGCACUGAAGAAUUGGCUAGUAUCUGUAGUACAAUUGGCGCGGACA